GUGUACAAGGAACGCGAAGAAGCUCGCUCCUGCGCGCACAGCUCACGGAUCUCGAGCAGCCAUGAAGUCGUUGAUAUGGAUUGCAUCCCUGAUUGGGCUCACGGUUGCUGGUAGCCUUGGAGGCUACGGUGGGCCCAGCGGUGGUGAUGCUGCUGGUGACUCUGGUGGAGGGGGCUCGGGAUGGCAGCCAGAGGCCGGCGGCGGUGGCAAGGGAGGCUCGUCCGGUGGCGGGUGGCAACCCCAGGGGGGUGAUGCUGGAGCGGGCGGCAGUGGCUGGCAAGCUUCUGGCGGAGGUGGCAGCUCCGGUGGUGCCGGAGGCGGUGGAUGGCAGCCACAGGGUGGCGGAGGUGGCGGCUGGCAGCCACAAGGUGGUGCCGGAGCUGGUGGCUGGCAGGGUGGUGGCCUUGGGCCGCCGGAGGCAGUGCUACACAUCGUCCAACUCUCAAUAAUGUUGCCCAAGAGCGGGAAAGUAUGCAGUCAAAAAAAAAAACCUUUCCACUUAGGUGGCCAUGGCAGCAGCGGUGGCGACGGAGUCAAGCAUAUUUAUAUAAUCCGCACCGUCACAACAACCGGUGCUGCUGGACACGGAACCGGUGGAAAGUCCGGCAGCGGAGGCGGCCAUGGAGGAUGGCAAGCCGGCGGCGGAUCUGGCGGUACUGGCGGCUCUGGCUGGCAAGCCGGCGGUGGCUCAGGUGGCUCUGGUUGGCAAGCCGGUGGAGGUUCUGGCAGCUCUGGCUGGCAAGCCGGUGGCGGAUCUGGUGGCGCUGGAUGGAAAGCAGGCGGUGGAUCUGGCGGCUCUGGAUGGCAAGCCGGCGGUGGCUCUGGUGGCUCUGGAUGGCAAGCCGGUGGCGGUGCAGGAGGCUCGGGCUGGCAGUCCGGAGGUGGCUCAAGCGGUUGGUCCAGCGGCGGUGGCGGUGCCGGAUCUGGCGGAUGGCCCAGUGGUGGAGGCAACCAUGGCGGCUCGGGUGGAUGGUCCAGUGGUGCAAGUGGUGGAUGGCAAGCCGGCGGUGGAGGCGGUCAUGGUGGCAAGGCCGGUGGUGGAGCAGCGGGCGGUGUAACGAAGCACGUGUACAUUAUUAAGACUCUGAGCAGUGCAUCUGGCGGCAGUGCUCAUGGUGGGGGCCAUGGUGGUGGCCAUGGCAGCGGACACGGUGGUGCCAGUGGUCAUGGCGGCGGUGCGUCUGGUGGCCACGGAGGAGGACAUGGCGGCCACGGAGGAAGCACAGGCGCUCACGGAAGUGGUCAUGGCAGCGGUGGCCAUCGCGGUGCUGCUGGCGGUGGCGCUCCCGAAAGCAUAAUUGUCAUCCGCACCGACGGCGCCUCCGCCAACGGAGGACAUGGCAGCCAUGGUAGCGGCCACGGAGCAGUGAGCAGCUUCGGUGGUGCAGCUGCGGUCAGCCACGGUGCAGUUGCCAGCGCUGCUGCUGGUGCGGUGUGGCGAGCAACACUAGGCGGAGGAGGUGCAGGCUGGCCCGCUGCUGUCAGCGAUAAUAGUGGUGCUGGCUGGCAGGCGGGUGGUUCCUCUGGUGGAUGGCAGCAAGGCGGUGGCAGUGGGGGCGGUGGCAACGCUGGCGGAUGGCAGGCUCCUGGUGCUGACCUUGGUGGAGGCUGGCAAUCUGGAGGUGGAACGGCUGCAGGCGGAGGUGGCGGGGGCUGGUGGUAGACACCAGUACGUGAACUCUGCUUUGAAUGCAAGAC